CGUCACAGGAAGUCACAGGUUUUCAAACGAGUCCCAUUAUUUUUUCGCACUAAUAUUGAGGGUUUGUGAAGUUAAUUAACGUAACGCACAAUAUCAGCCGAAGUAGUUUUUCCUGCAUUAAAUCUCUGAACUGAGUGACCAUUUCCUCAUAUGGCAAGCGACUCCAGAGUUAGUGAAACACGUUGUUUCCGUGGGCUCUCUCUCUUUAACCCGCAUAUUCUAAAACUGAAUUAUGAGAUAAUUCAAUGUUAACAGCACCCCUGGACCUGGAUGAAGUGAACGGAAUUGCUACAAUGAAACUGUAAGGACAUGUUACGCUACAGCUGAGUUUAUGUGAAAGCGUGAAGAGUGAAAAAUAGCGGAGAGCAAACAUGAACUUCACAGGGAAGCAAGAUGAACCAAAGGCGGUAUCCAACUCAUGUUUUGGGCAACAACCGUACACAGCAGAUGAGUACCAGGCGAUCCAGGCUGCGUUGCGACAGAAACUUGGCCCAGAAUACAUAAGCACUCGUAUGGCCGGAGGUGGACAAAAGGUAUGCUAUAUUGAGGGCCAUAAAGUCAUCAGUAUUGCCAAUGAGAUGUUUGGGUACAAUGGUUGGUCUCACUCCAUCACUCAGCAAACAGUUGACUUUGUGGAUCUCAUCAAUGGAAAAUUCUAUGUUGGAGUUAGUGCAUUUGUGAAAGUACAGUUAAAGGAUGGGUCAUAUCAUGAAGACGUGGGCUAUGGUGUGUGUGAGGGACUGAAGUCUAAAGCAUUGUCACUGGAGAAGGCUAGGAAAGAAGCUGUUACAGACGGACUGAAAAGAUCACUCAAGUGCUUUGGAAAUGCUCUUGGUAACUGCAUCCUCAACAAGGAGUAUCUCAUCGCCAUUAACAAGAUCCCUAAACAACCCACGCCACCUCUAGAUCCCGCUCUUACCAAGCGAUCUGAUGGUGAACCAUCAGUAGAGAAGGCCAGACAUGCCAGUCUGGUUAGUCGCCGGUCUGCUGGCCAAACUGAGGAUAUUCUGAGGGAGACGCGCGCCAAGCAGCCAAGGGUCCAGCUGGAACCACAGGAUGACAAAAGUGAUGUCAUGACAUCUCUUUCAUUGAACACUCCUGGACACUCUGCUCUACCGGACCCUGACAAGAGGCCCAGCACCACAUUCAGUAGGUCUUCAGUGGACAUGGGUGACAUGUCUCCCGCUGACCAGCAGGUGGACCCCAAGCAGCUGAGGAAGCUGAGGCAGCAGCAGCUACAGCAGAAGUUUCGACAGGAGAUGGAAGCUAAGAAGAUACAGGAGAACAACCAAACCCCUCUCGGACAGGAGCCUGGAGCUUCUCAUGUGCUGAUGGGCUCCAACCUGGAGAUGGCUGGUCAAGACACACCUAAUCUUCAUGCCGUGAAGUGUGAGGAUGAGUGCUUGACUGAUGAUCCGGCGCUGUGGGACUUAACUCUUGACCUGUUGGAUCAACCUCCUCAUACCACGGCCACAAGCCCUUGUUCCUCCACAUCGGGUAGUGAGCACGGAAUGUCGACGCGAAGUAAGACACCGCAAGGAGCACCAAGCCUGCUGGCUGCAGUGCAACCUCAGGGCAAUGGAGGGCUCCCACCGCACCGGUCCAAUCAGUCAUGCAGAGAUUGAAUCAAACAGGUCAAGCUGUAAACACACACACGCCAUGUGAAUUUAAGAAACAGAGAUUUGACCCUUGAGGAGUUCGAAGCAUAGAUUUUAUAAAGAGUUAAAUGUUAUUGUUCUGGUUUUGAUUUUAUUUGAGUUCUGUGCAAUUUGUAAUAAAUGUUUUAAGUUAUAGUGCA